AUGGCAAGCAAUGGUGCCUCAAUAUCUGUUGCAGAUAAUAGAAAUAGUGUUGUGCACAAGGCCAUCAUAACGAAGGAUUAUACUACACUCAAGGAGAUACUUGCAGGUCUUCCAAAACUUAGUAAUCCGUAUGAGAUUCGGAGCGAGGAGGCUUCACGAAAAGAGGAAGAGAAGGCCGAUAUUAUUGCCGCGGUGGUGAAUGGGCGCAAUGUAGAGAACGGGGACACCCCUCUCCACGUUGCUGCAAAGCUCGGUGACUUGGUGGCCACAGAGAUGCUGAUGGCUGCCGGCGCCAACGUUUACUUGAAGAACAAGCAAGGGUGGAGUGCUCUUAGAGAAGCCAUAAUCAACAAAAGAGACAAGAUAGCAAUGUCUAUGAUAAAAAAUUCUUGGAAUGAUUUGGAUGAGAAAUGGCAUAGGAGGUUGCCUCGUUAUGCAGGGACUCUAAGAAGGAUGAGGGACUUCUAUAUGGAGAUUACGUUCCAUUUUGAGAGUUCUGUCAUACCUUUUAUCUCAAAGAUUGCGCCUUCGGAUACUUACAAGAUUUGGAAAAAGGGUGCUAAUAUGAGGGCAGAUAUGACAUUGGCCGGUUUCGACGGCUUGAAAAUCAAGCGGUCUGAUCAAAGCAUUCUUUUUCUUGGCGAUGGUUCAGAAGAUGGAAAGAGAGUCCCCGGAUCGCUGUGUGUUCUUUCCCACAAGAAGAAGGAAUUGAUUGUUACUUCUAAGCUCCCUGGGCCUUCGAAACCAAGUGAUAGAGAGAUUCGACAAGUUCUGGCUAGAAAGUACAGAGACAACAAAGUCGUGAGUGUUGCAAUAGAUGUGAGCCAGGCUGUUCUUGUUCCGCAGCUGACGUGGAGGCGAAAGGAGAGGAAGGAAUCGGUCGGGUCAUGGAAGGCGAAGGUCUAUGACAUGCAGAAUGUCAUUCUAAGUGUGAAAUCCAAAAGCAUUCCAGGAGCUCCACCCGACAUCGAGCUAGCUUCUAGACAAUGUAAUAAGGAACAGAGCAACAAGGAGCUGGAUGAGGUUUUGACACCUGAAGAGAGAAAGCAAUUGGAAGUUGCACUGAAUUCAACAGAAGAGAAUAACGGUCAUAAAGGUCAUGGAAAAAAAGAAAAGAAAGGGCGUAGUGGAGGGCAUAAAGAAAAGGGGAAUAAAACAAAUGCUAGUUCUGGUGGAAGUAGUGUUGGUAAUGGUAAUGGGAGUGAUGAAGUUUUUAAGAAAGGAAUGAACCCUUCUCUGUGGCUUUCACAAAAUUAUCCACUGAAAAUUGAAGAAUUGUUCCCGUUGCUUGACAUUUUGUCCGAAAAAGUUAAAGCAAUUCGUCGUGUGCGGGAAGUCCUCACAACAAAACUUCCUAAAGAUACUUUUCCGGUUAAGGUCUCCAUCCCUGUGAUUUCCACAGUUAGAGUACUGGUUACAUUUACAAAGUUUGAAGAAUUACAAAAUAAAGAUGAGUUUGAAUCAGCACCAUCAAGUCCUACUAGUGCCGAUGAAGAUAAUAACCCUUCAUUGACACAAUCCUCAUCAUCGUCGUGGUUUCAGUGGAUUAAAGCCCCCUCACGGUCAUCUUCUUUUGUUGAACCAAGUAGUAUGAUAGAUGAUAGCCAAGACCUAUUUGCAAUUCCUCCAGAUUACAAAUUGACUACUUUUGACGAAAAAAUGAACAAUAUAGAAAAGAAGAGGAUCGCAAGGGUACAAGAACAAAAGUCACAAGCAAAAUAG